AUGGCGUCCUCCGAGGCCAUUGCAUAUACCGUCGUUGCUCCUGACCCGAGCAGCGACGGCAUCGAGCUCUCAACCCAGGAUCUGCGCAACAACCUGCAACGCGGAUCCGACGAGGUCAAGCUCGAGACGCUUCGACGCAUCAUCGUCUCGACCCUCAACGGUUCUCCUCAGCCCAACCUGCUCAUGCCCAUCAUCCAAUAUGUCUUGCCCAGCCGCAACAAACAGCUCAAAAAGAUGCUUCACUUUUACUGGGAGGUGUGCCCUAAGCUCGAUGAGAAGGGCAACCUCAAACAGGAGAUGAUUCUCGUCUGCAAUGCCAUUCGAAACGACUUGCAGCACCCUAACGAGUACAUCCGAGGCUCCACAUUACGCUUCCUCCAAAAGGUCAAGGAGCCCGAGCUCCUCGAACCACUCAUCCCCACCAUUCGCCAGUGUCUCGAGCAUCGUCACAGCUAUGUCCGCAAGAACGCCGUCUUCUGCGUCUACUCGAUAUACCAGCAGAACGAGAACCUCAUCGUCGAUGCUCCCGAGCUGAUGGAGACGUUCCUCGCUGCUGAGGCCGACACUACAUGCAAGCGCAACGCUUUCGUGCUUCUCUGCCACACUGCACCCGAACGAGCCGUGCAGUACUUCCUCGGCCUCGGCGACCAAGUUGCAUCGCAGGACGAGCUCAUGCAGCUCGCCAUCAUCGAGCUCAUCCGCAAGGACUGCCGCGGCGAGUCGCCCAACCGUGCUCGCUAUAUUCGCGCCGUCUCAGAGCUCCUGGCGGCUCCCAGCCAUUCCGUUAAGUAUGAGGCUGCGACCACGCUCACCACGCUCACGCAGAACGCUGUUGCCGUCAAAGCCACCGCCAGCGCGCUCAUCGAGCUCAUCGUCCGCGAGAGCGACAACAACGUCAAGCUCAUCGUGCUCGACCGUCUCGACGGGUUGCGAACCAAGCACGACCACGCCAUCGACCCUCUCGUCAUGGAUCUCCUCCGUGUGCUCAGUAGCCCUGACAUGGACGUUCGACGCAAGGCGCUCCGCAUCGCGCUCGAGAUGGUCUCGAGCCGCAACAUUGAAGAGGUGGUGCUCUUGCUCAAGAAGGAGCUCAUGAAGACGGUCGACUCGUCCCAGUCGCAGGACAAGAACCUCGAGUACCGCCAGCUGCUCAUCCAGUCGAUCCACACGUGCGCCAUCAAGUUUUCCGAGGUCGCUUCCAACGUCGUCCACGUGCUCAUGGAGUUCCUCGGCGACUCGAACAACCCCUCGGCCGUCGAUGUCAUUGCCUUUGUCCGCGAGGUGGUUGAGAAGUUCCCCAACUUGCGCUCCUCGAUCGUCGAUAAGCUGCUCCGCACGUUUACCGAGAUCAAGUCGGGUAAAGUGUUCCGCGGUGCGCUGUGGAUUGUUGGCGAGUACUGCGCUGAUAUCGAGGACAUCAAGGAGGCCAUGCAGCAGAUUCGCAAGGUGAUCGGCGAGGUACCCAUCCUCGCCGCCGAAGAGCGUUUGCUCGACUCGCCGUCUGCUGAAGGGGAUAGUGCUGCGGAUGGUGCGGACGAGGCUUCUUCGUCUUCGGCACUGGGAGGCGCCAAACCCGCUGCGUCCUCGGCGGCCAAUCGUGUGCGCGCCGAUGGAACCUACGCCACAGAGACCGCGUUCAGCUCGGAAGCCAACCAGGCCGCGCGCCUCGAUGCGGUCAAGAACGCGUCCAAGCCGCCGCUGCGCUCGCUGCUGUUGCUCGGCGACUUCUAUACGGGCACCGUACUCGCCUCGACGCUCACGAAGCUGGUUCUUCGCUUCGCCGAGCUCUCGUCUGACGCCGCCGCCAAGAACAGCCUGCGCGCCGAGUCGAUGCUCAUCAUGACGAGCAUCGUUCGCGUGGGCCAGUCCAAGUUUUCGGCCUCGCCUAUCGACGAGGACUCGACCGAGCGUAUCAUGGCGUGCGUCGAAACGCUGGCUUCGUCGAUCCAGGAGGCCGAGCCCGAGAGCAAGGAGGCCAAGCAGGUGUUCUUGCACGAUACCAAGGCGGCGUACACCAAGAUGGUCGAGCACGAGCAAGAGAAAGCGGCGGAGAAGCUCGCCAAGGAGACCAAGGUGGUGAAGGUGCAACCGGACGAUUUGCUGUCGUUCCGACAAUUCUCCAAGAAGGCGGCGGACGAUGCGGCUGAGGAGUACGAGCGGGAGCUGACGCAGGCGACGGGAGCUGCCGAGGCUGCCAAGGACGAUUUCAUCAGCAAGUUGGCGCGCGUGGUGCAGCUGACUGGAUUCUCCGAUCCCGUCUACGCCGAGGCGUAUGUCAACGUGCACCAGUUUGACAUCUUGCUGGAUGUUCUUGUGGUCAAUCAGACGGCCGAGACGCUGCAGAACCUGUCGAUCGAGUUUGCCACGCUCGGCGAUCUCAAGCUGGUGGAGCGUCCGUCCAAUUACACGCUGGCGCCGUACUCGUACCAGUCGAUCAAGGCGACCAUCAAGGUGUCGAGCACCGAGACGGGCGUCAUCUUUGGCAACAUCAUCUACGAGGGCGCCGCGGGCACGGGCACGCAGAGUGCGGGCGAUGCCAAGUGCGUCGUGCUCAACGACAUCCACAUUGACAUUAUGGACUACAUCGCGCCAGCGUACUGCAACGAAGCGCAGUUCCGCGCCAUGUGGACCGAGUUCGAAUGGGAGAACAAGGUCAACGUCAACACGGCCAUCACCGAUCUCAGGGAGUAUCUGGCGCAUAUCAUGAAGAGCACAAACAUGUCCUGUCUGACGCCCGAGGCUAGCCUGGCGGGCGAAUGCGGGUUCUUGUCCGCCAACAUGUACGCCCGGAGCCUGUUCGGCGAGGAUGCGCUGGCCAACCUGAGCAUCGAGCUGCUGCCGGAUGGAAAGACAAUUCAGGGCCAUGUCAGGAUCAGGUCCAAGACGCAGGGCAUUGCGCUGAGUCUAGGCGACAAGAUCACGUUGGCUCAGAAGGCUGUUCAGGAGUAA